UCCGGGCGCCGCGGCCGCCAUCUUGCUCGCGCGGAAGCGCCGCGGCUGGGUGGGAGUCCCGGAGCCGGCGCGUCGCGGUCAGUGCGGCCGCCGCUAUGCCGUCGUCGCCGCUGCGGGUGGCGGUGGUGUGCUCGAGCAACCAGAACCGGAGCAUGGAGGCGCACAACAUCCUCAGCAAACGGGGAUUCAGCGUCCGGUCCUUUGGAACAGGAACCCAUGUGAAGCUCCCAGGACCAGCACCGGACAAGCCAAAUGUUUAUGAUUUCAAAACUACCUACGACCAGAUGUACAAUGACCUCCUCAGGAAGGACAAAGAACUCUAUACGCAGAAUGGCAUUUUGCACAUGUUGGACAGAAAUAAGAGGAUCAAGCCCCGGCCAGAAAGAUUCCAGAACUGCAGAGACCUGUUCGAUCUGAUCCUCACCUGUGAAGAGAGAGUAUACGAUCAGGUGGUGGAAGAUCUGAACUCCAGAGAGCAGGAGACCUGCCAGCCGGUGCACGUGAUCAACGUGGACAUCCAGGACAACCACGAGGAGGCCACCCUGGGGGCGUUCCUCAUCUGUGAGCUGUGCCAGUGUAUUCAGCACACGGAGGACAUGGAGAACGAGAUCGACGAGCUGCUGCAGGAGUUCGAGGAGAAGAGCGGCCGGGCCUUCCUGCACACGGUAUUCUGCUGGCGGACGGCAGCAGUUCCCAAUAAAGUGUACAUACGAAAUGAGAAGAUCCACGUAAACACCAGAUUAAAAACAAGUCCAGUUUGUCUUUCCCACGUCACUUAUGAGUGGGAUGUCAACGAUAAAAGUUUUCUUUCUUUAACCAAAAAUGUAAACAACGGUUUAUAGUACAUUGUCCCCAUACAUCUGUGGCUUUCACUGUGGUCCCUUCCCCUGCGCCCCCAGACUGGCUCGAAUGUACAGAGAACCCGAAUGGGGCAGUCGCUCCUGCUAGGAAAGAACCUGCAAUCGUCCAAUAAAUAGAUGCUGCUGGUCGC